AAAUCACAUCACAUUGUUGUAUUGUUACAAUAUAUAUUUAAAGCCUAAAGUUAUUAUAUUAAAUUAAGCAAAUUGCCCCCCGUUCAAACUCGACCUUUCACGUAUCGACUUCCCCUACAGGAUUUAAACAAUAUUGCAGCAGCCUCCUUUGCAGUACAUCUCUUAACACAUAACAUUACGCCGGCUAUUGACUUUUACUUCAAUACAGUUGUAUACCUGAAAGCGGAGGGAAAUGGAUGAGAUUCAUACACAAGGCAUUUUAAUUGCCGAAACGCUACAAGAGAAGCUGAUGAGCCAUAAGCAUUUCUGGCUUGUUGCUACUCAUUGUGGAGAUCCUAACGCAGCCUUCUUUCUAGUCUUUCCCUUCACCUACUUCAUCAGCAGACGAACUGGCGUGACUGUGCUUUGGGUAGCUGCUCUAUCAGAGUGGUUAAACCUGGUGCUGAAAUGGAUGCUGUUUGGUGAAAGACCAUUCUGGUGGAUAGGAGAAUCACGACUGUUUGUUAACAACGAGCCAAACGUUCAACAGUUUUCUGCAACAUGUGAAACGGGGCCAGGGAGUCCAUCUGGACAUGCAAUGGUGACAGGUGCAGUGUGGUGGGUGGUGGUGUCCUCGUUAGGGUCAUUUCUCUACUCUCGCACUCACAGUGUGGCGUUAUCAGCACUCCCCUACCUGUUCUACGUGUUGAUGCUGAUGGUAGUUGGAAUCUCUAGGAUUUUUAUACUAGCUCAUUUUCCUCAUCAGGUCGUCGCAGGCUCAGUUACAGGUCUCAUUCUCGGUGUAAUCCUGAGCCACAGAGUGCCAGAUGGUCGCCCCCUGCUUUUCUAUUUUACUUCCAGCAUGGGACUGCUGAUCAGUGCUCUGAUAUUCCAUGCUGGAUUAAAACAGUUAGGGUUGGACCUCUCUUGGUCUACUGCUUUAGCCAAGAAAUGGUGCAGCCAUGCAGAGUGGAUACGUUUGGAUUCGACACCAAUCUCCUCUCUGUGUCGCGAUUGUGGAAUCCUUCUUGGUCUGGGGCUAGCCCAGUACUGGAAACCUAGAGGAUGGUCCCUGCCAUGGGCUCCCAGGGCGUUAUGUGUGGCUUUCGUGUCCAUGGCACUAUACCACGUGAACCGACUGCCGCUUCCUGUCCGGCCUCAAGUCCUCUUCUACAUCCUCUACUUUGUCAAAUUUGCCAUAGUGCCACAGGUUGUUAUGGUGCUUGUUCCUGGACUGGUUCACCUUCUCACUCGCAAAAAGAAAAAUGACUAGAAAAUAUUAGGAUAUCUUGUCAUUGUUAUAUUUUAUACCCCGAAGGACUUCUACAGACUUCUACAGUGUCGUCAUACACUGCAAAUGUUGUUGUUGGUAAUGGCUGGGUUUGGUCACUCCCUAUUGUAAAGGUCUCAAACUGACAAACCUAAUAUAACUUUGAUCACACCACUGCAGCAUUCAAAAUAAGUUUGUUUGACCUACAAGCAAGGCUUACAUUAAACUGUGAUGGUGGUGGUAUGUCACAUCUAUCAGUGGAUCAUAUUUUACCUGGGGCCUACUAGUUUGAGACCUCUGCUGCAAUCCUGUUUCUUUUAAUGGAAGGCUGACUUUGUUUUUAUAAAAUUAUAUAGGUACAAUCUUACCGUAACUGUAUUACAGUGUAUUACGGAAGGAGUGAUUCUGAGCUUAAGUAUUUAUUAGGAAUUAACUUUUAAUCUGUUGACCCACACAGAAAAGUUAGUUCAUGUAAGGCAAAGAAACGAAACACAUUUGUGUUGGUUAGAGAAAUGCAAUAUGACAGUGUGAUGAUAAGUGUAAUGAAUAGUUUUAUGACUGUCAUCUCUCAAUCAGCCUGAACACGUUUGUCAUUGUUUGAGUUUUUCAGCAUCUUUAACCUACAGUGCGUUGUGACGGUCUACUAGUUUUACAGUUGUGCUUCUGUCUCUCUGUCGCUCUCUCUCUAUUAGGAAGAGUAGGCUGCUGUUAAUGUUAAACCUGCAGAAGUUCACUGUGCAUGACCUGCUCAGCAGUAGUUGAACAAUGUUAGUCUGUUUGCUUGAUGUGCAAAUAACUAUCACAGUAUGAUAACAUUACUGGUCACUGUUGUGUCAACACAAUUUAGUUGAAUGUUGUACAUUUCACAAAAGCUUUACAAUAUAUUGGUCUUUUUUCACAUUAACAAUAAUUAAUUUCACAUUAAGUAUGUUUAUGUUUUGUUAGGGUAUGGACCAUUAUUAUGUUGAAAAAAAGACAUUAUUUUGUUUUCAUUUACAUGUGUCACUUCUCUCCCUCACUGCUGUGACUGUGACAGAUUACAAUCCAUUAUCAUGAGAUAAAAACACAUUCUUUUUAUUGUUUUAAUUAAACUUUUUAUCACAGCGAUCUGAAAGCUCACAUUUACAGACAAGAGAACUCUGCUCAGCAAGCAAAUACAUUAAAAUAAAAUAAAAGGAACAUUU